AUGACGGAGAAGUGUAGAUCGAUGUUGGAUCACGGCCAGCCAAGAUGGCGAACUGCCGUGGAGGCUGAAGAGACCUUGCUCGUUCUAAGUGUUUCAUCGUACGAGGUGUUCGCGCAUUCUCGUAUGAUUUCAGCGCGUUCGUGAAGUGGCGUAGUAUGUCCUCGUACACGUUCUCGCAGAGGCUGUUCACGCCAACGCCGCCGGAACGCGGCAGCUUCCCGCUGGACCAUGAAGGCCGUUGCAAGAGCACCAUGAUCAGGUACAUGCGCUGCCUAAACGAAAACCGCAGUCAGAACACGAUGUGUCGCGACAUCGCCAAGGAGUAUCUCGGCUGCCGCAUGGACCACGACCUGAUGGCGCGCGAGGAUUGGUCCAAGCUCGGCUUCACUGAUGAGAUCAAGGGUGCCAAGGAGACGUAACGUCGAUAUCGUCUACGAGUUAGUCGAUACCCCCUGUCUCUCCCAGAUAAGAGGGAUCGUAUCCUUGUCGUCGUCGUUAUCAUUGUCGUCUUGAGUCUCUUCGAGAGUGCCUGGUAUACUUUGUCUAAUCGGUGCUCUUGAAACUGUCGAUGUAAAUAAGAUGCCGUAACUAUGAUUCGGUGAUUCAGUGUGUUCAAGCGAUUAUACGCACUGCCAGCCAAGUGUAACAAGGACUUCCUCUCAGUGUUGAGAAAAAAUAACAAUAAGAACAAUAGGUUAUAUAAAAAAAGACCAAGAGAGAAGGAGAGA